AUGCGCCGCCCGCUCGACCUCGAGCGCUCCUCCGCACUUCGCCUGCUCGCGGCGGCAGCUUGCGGCGCUGGCGUCCCGGACGCUCAGGGGCGCCAGCCAGAGCUGUCGCAAAUUCCUCUCGAGCGCUGCGGCGGCGCCUUUUGUGAGUUCCAGCGCCAACGAGCAUGCGCCUCCUACUCCGUCGAAGGUCAGAGAUUUAGAGCGGUGUUGGACACGGGAAGCCCCUUCCUGCUGGUGCCGGGCCGACUGCCCGCCUCUGGCUGCGAUGAUCGUUGGGGAUGCUACGCCGAUUCCACCGCGUCGGUGGCGCUGGGCGACGCAACCACGGAGGGGUUCGGCGGGCAGGAUGUCGGCGUGGAGUGGCGGCGUGGCAGGCUCGACUUUGGAGACUUUAGCUUCUCGCCCAUCAACUUUGGAGUCGUCACCUCGUCCGUUCGCAAGGGAGGGACGUCCGCGAUCUACCUUGGGCUGGUGCGGGACCGCGUGCCUCGAGUCCGGCCGACCCUGCUCGAGCAGACGGACAUCGAAAGCUUCCAGUUCGACUUCCCUCGCCGCCGACUCACCCUCGCCCGCAGGCCUCUGCUGCGGCAGCGCGACGCCAUCCCGCUGGUCGACCUCCGCUCGCUGGGCGCUCCGGUGGCGCAGUACGCUUGCCGCGUUGAGCGCCUCCUCGUCAACCGAGCGGAGGUGCCGCUCUCUCGGCCGGCGGUGGCGGUUCUCGACACGGGAACCACGGGCCUCGUCCUCUCGGACACCCUCUACGAGUCGGACGAGCUGCCGCUGCCCGGCGCUGCGAUGAGGGACGUCGAGGUUAUCGUCCGCACGGAGCGAGGGCGACCCGUCGCUCUGCACGCCUCUUCGCGGCGCUACCGGCAGAGCGACGGGGAGCCUGAGGAGUUCCCGCUCAUUGUGACGCCGGUGAGCCUCCCCUGGUUUGGCCUCUCCGCCCCGACUCCGCUCGGCACUCCGCUAAACUUCGACUCGUCGCUGCCGCCGGCCGACUCUGCGCCGAGGCCCAUCGUGCUCCGCCCUCGUCCCGCCUCUGCGCUCGACCCGGCGGCGCAGGCGAGGAGGUGCGACGCAAAGCAAACGACGGAGAUGGCGCUCGUCAUCGCCACGCCGGACGACACCACGAACGUUGCCGAGAGCGAUGGGCGGCUGCUCCACGGAAGAUCCCCUAGGUUGUCCGCGCAGAAGCUUGCAAACGCGAAGCCGAUCACGAUCGCCGCCUGCUGGGAGUAA